AGACGAAUAAUUACCAUAAUAAAACCACAAUCUUUUGAGUGCUCCUUAAAAUUCGUGCGGUAUUUCUAACAAAAGCUACACAUAUGUACGUGAAGAGCAAUAUUCAAAUGCAACUCAAAAGUAUAAAAGCACAGACUCUUCUCACUAAAAUCAGUUCAACCAAAACCACCACAAUGUCUAAACUUGCAACUUUAAUAAUUUUAUUGGCUUUAAGUGAGUCCAUCGUUUCCGGUUGCCUAAUUACAAACUGUCCCAGAGGGGGCAAAAGAAGUAAACUUGCUUUGAGUGAAAAUACCAUUAAAUCAUGCCUAAAUUGUGGCCCUGGACAAACUGGACAAUGUUUCGGUCCCAACAUUUGCUGUGGACCUUUUGGAUGUCUCUUGGGAACGCCAGAAACUCUUCGUUGUCAAAGAGAUGGAUUUUUCCAUGAGCGUGAACCGUGUAUAGCAGGCACUUCUCCGUGCAGAAAAAAUACAGGACGUUGUGCUUUUGACGGGAUUUGUUGCAGUCAAGAUUCCUGCCACAGUGAUAAAGCAUGUGCUAGCGAAGAAAAAUCAAGAUCUUUUUCCGAGGUUCCUCUAGACUUGUACAACCUAAUCAACUAUCAAGCUGAACUUGUUAAUGAUAAAUAA